UAUUACUAGAGCUUCGUCAAAUUAGCUGUCAAAGAAAAACCGUGAAAUGUUCAUAAAGAAGGUUAAGAAGUAAGAAUCUGUGAUUUGUGUUUGUGUUGUCAAAGUUUGAUUUCUUCUAUUUUAUACUGUUCAUCGAUCCUUUAUUAUACAGUGCAAGAGCCAUGAGUGUGGACCUUACUGAAAAAAGCUUAGUACAAUGGUUUGAUGAGACUGAAAGGCACAAAUGUGGAUAUUGUAAAAGUCCCAAUGGAAGUGUUUCAAUUGAGCUGUAAGUGUUGCCUAAACAUUAUGAUGCUCCAGCUAUCAAGCUGUAAGUCGUGUUCGAUAACUGGAAGGAAAUUGCAGUGCAUAGGUGCAUAGUGAGGUUUUGUGUACUAAUAAUCUGUGUUGAUGAUAAUACCAUUGGUUGUAUAGUACAUAAGGAAUAUUUAUGAAACGUAAGACAGUUAUUACAUUUCACAUUAAUUCGUAUUUCCAGUCAUUUAAAUUUCAUAGAAAUUUAUUUGAUGUAGGGGAAAUAGAAAAAAGCAACUAGAUAUGAGGCAGUGCAAAAAUAAUUUGUAUGUGAUGCACUGUUCCUAAAAAAGAAAAAUGGGGAAAAUGGUAAUGUAUAAUAUUUUAUGGGCAGCAUGUUCAGUAAUAAUUUUCUCAUAUAGCAAAUAUAGACAUCCAGAUGUGAUCUUCCUUCUCUGCUACUCAACUACACAUCUUUAGUAUACUCUACAGACUAUCUUGACAUUCUGCAACCAACAAAGCAUAAAGCAUGGUGGGGAACUGACUUGCAGCUUGAUCAUUGAGCAUGUCAUUCCUCCAUAGAUGGACACGUUUGAUGUCGCUCAGAGUGAGCAAAUGCAGAGUGUACUAUUUGCAUACGAGGAACUAUCUAGGCAUCAAGUUGACAUUUUUUCAAAAUGAAACGGAACUUUCAAAAAAAAUUAUUAGAAUCUCGUACUGCUCUUUAGGUUUUGACUAAAAUCUGAGAUGGCCUGGUUGACUAUUUUCAUUUGUAGGUAUGUGGGCUGACACUUUGACUGUAGAGGACUAUCAAAACUUGAUUGAUAGGGGAUGGAGAAGAUCAGGAAAAUAUUGCUACAAACCAACUAUGGAUGAAACAUGCUGCCCUCAAUAUACAAUAAAAUGUGAUGCACUUCACUUUUCUCUUACCAAAUCCCAAAAGAAGGUAAUCAAAAAGUUCAAUAAAUACCUGCAAGAUGGGAUUCUUAAAAAAGAUUCUGAAUGUGAUCAUGUAGAAGAUGAAGUUCACAGACAAGAACAUGUUGAUUUUAAGAAAGAUAUUGCAGCUAUUAAUAUUGGAGAAGUUAAAGCAGGCUUUCAAGAAGGUGGAGAAAUUAGCAAUAUUGAUAUUAAAGAUAAUCCAAUUGAACCUGAAAAUAGCAAUGUUAAACUCAAUAUAAGUGCACCAAAUUCUGAACCAUUAAAUAAUCAGACACAUAAGUCAAAUAGCUGUGCUGAAAAUCCCAUGGAACAAAGUAGACCACCCUGUAAAAAAGCAAAGGUAUUGAGGCUUGAAAGGAAAAAAGAAAAGUUACUGAAGAAAGGAUUAGUUUUGGAAGAAAAGACACCUCAGGCUCCAAAAACACUUGAACAAUUCAUGGAAGAAAUACCUGACAUUGCAAAAGGAAAAUUAAAGCUCCAUAUUGUCCCAACAGGUGAAGCAUCAAUUGUGUUUGAUAGGACUAGAGAUGCUGAAUACGAGUUGUAUAAAAAAUAUCAAAUAAGGGUCCACAAUGAUCCUCCUGAAAAGUUUUCAAUGAAAAGCUUCACUAGAUUCUUAGUGACCACACCACUCAAGAUUGCAAUAAGCAGAAUGUCAAAGGAAAGUGAUUCUUUUAAGGUUACGGCUCAACUUUAUCAAACAUAUCAAAUGAUUAUUCAUAAUGACCUUCCUGAUGAAUGUGAAGAAGAAAAUUUUUGCCAGUUUUUGAUAGACAGUCCAUUACAGCCAGAAAGAGUUCCUGAUGGUCCUGGAUAUGGGACAUUUCAUCAACAAUAUUGGAUUGAUGACAAACUGAUUGCAGUUGGUGUUAUAGACAUUUUGCCUAGAUGUGUCAGCUCUGUAUAUUUUUUCUAUGAUCCUGAUUACAGAGGACUGACCUUAGGUACCUAUGGAGCCUUAAGGGAAGUAUACUUUACCAGAAGCCUUCAGGAACAUCUUCCUCAUCUAAAUAGUUACUACAUGGGUUUUUACAUACACUCCUGUCAAAAGAUGAGAUACAAAGGUAGAUUCACUCCCUCGUAUCUGCUAUGUCCUGAAACUUAUCAGUGGUUCCCCAUAGAGCAAUGUAUCAAAAAGCUAGAAGAGUCUAAAUAUGCGAGAUUUGUGGAUGACAUAGAUGCAAUAGAUGGAUAUCUGCCCAGUCAGAGAGAUGUUAUGCAUAUGCAGGUUGUGUACAAAUACCGUUUGAUGCUGUUCAAAGACUUGAAAAAAAUAGUAGAUGAAACAGAAAUGUUUAAAAAAAUAGGUCAAUUGGUCGGUAAAAAAUGUGCUAACACAAUGGUAUUCUUCAUAAGAUAGUUGUAUUUUAAUUUUUCUGUCCCAAGUGACGGUAAACGGAAGUAGAAUUGUGCAUUAGGUAUGUUAAAAAGUUCAUUUGAAAUGGAGUUCAAAAUAGAUAUUUUUAACCAAUUAUUUAUAAAUUAUGUACUGUAAAUAUGUCCUGCUAAUAAACAGCUGAUGAAAGUUGAAA